UACCCUGAUCAGACUACCUUUGAUAUAAAAAUGAAUCUUCUAAUAUGUUUUGUGCUAAUUUUGGCUACCUAUUACAGAUUUGGUACAGCUUGCUCACCGAAUAGUGUAGAAAUUCAUAAUCAACUCGGUCCUGAUAUUAUUCUCCAUUUUCAUUGCCGUUGCAAGAACCCAAAAUGUGAUGUAGGAAACCAGCAGUUAAAAUUUAAGGACUCUUAUUUCAAUAAGAAGAAGGAGAGAUCUCCAAUAAAUUUUGAAAGACAAGAAAUAAAUUGUCUUUUAAGGUAUGAUAAAUAUAACCUUGAUGUUCGUGUAUAUCGGCAAGCAGCUUUUCGAAGAUGUGGCAUAUUACGUUCAUGGCUGGCCGAAAAAGAUGGAAUUUAUUUUAAAACGCGUCGUAAUGAAACAUGGAGAUUUAGAUAUCAUUGGAAUGUUAGUAAAUAAUUUUUACUA